AUGAAGACUUUGAUCGCUGCAUUGUUGGUUGCCUGCGUGGCAGCAGAGCAGAAGCGCGAGGCUGAGCCUUCUUAUAGUCAUGGUGUCGGCUUUUCCCUUCCUCAUGGCGUUGUUAGUCGGCAAUAUGGCGUCGGGUAUGGGCACACAGCCAUAGCUCAACACCCAUAUGGCGGACGCUCCUUUGUCCACAGUUUCAGCCACAACCUCCACAAGCGAGAAGCUGAACCUGGUUACAGCCUUCCAGCAUAUGGUAAUGGAUAUGGUGAAGGCAUCGGCUAUGGUAUCGGUCAUACUUAUGGAUACGGACCAGCCGUAGCUUACCACUCAUACGGCGGUCUCUCUUUCACUCGAUCCUACAACCACGUCCUCCACAAGCGUGACGCUGAUCCAAGCUAUGGUCACACAGGAUCGGUCUACGGCUACAUUAGCUCCGUCAGCCAUCCAGGAUAUGGCUAUUCGUACCAGUAG